CCGGGCCAGCACCGCCAUGGACGGCCAGGAACCCCCAGUCAAGGACGGGAUCCUCUUCCAGCAGCAGAUCAAGUUCGGCAAGAAGUCCUGGCGGAGGAUGUGGGCUCACCUGUACGCCGGGGGCCCCUCCGGAGUGGCGCGGCUGGAGAGCUGGGACAUGCGAGAAGGAGGCCCCCCCGGAGGUGCGAGCGAGCGGGCCGCGGGGCCCGGCCGGCGCGGGGAGCGCAGGGUCAUCCGCCUGGCCGACUGCGUGUCCGUGCAGCCCGCUGAGGCUGAGAGCUGCCCGCGGGACACCAGCGCUUUCAUGCUCAGCACCACGGAGCGCAGCCACCUGCUGGCGGCCCAGCACCGGCAAGAGUGGCUGGACGCCAUCUGUCACCUGGCCUUCCCGGGCACGGGAGAGUGCUCCCCAGGCUCCCGAGAGGAUGAGCGCCCCCAGAGAGGCCUGGUGUGCAUGGAGGAGAAUUCUAUCUACUCAUCGUGGCAGGAAGUGGGCGAGUUCGCCGUGGUCGUGCAGAGGACCGAGGCUGCCACCCGCUGCCAACUCAAGGGCAACUACGUCCUGCGGCUGGACCGCGAGGGCAUCCACCUGAGCCCGCCAGGGGGCGCCCUGGUGCUCUACACGUGGCCCUUCCACUACCUGCGCAAAUUCGGCUCCUGCAAGGGCGUGUUCUCCUUCGAAGCCGGCCGCCGCUGCGACUCCGGGGAGGGCCUCUUCGCCUUCAGCAGCGCCCGCGCCCAGGAGCUGUGCGGGGCGGUGGCCGCGGCCAUCGCCCGGCAGCGGGAGCUGCUGCCCGAGUGGGCCGGAGCUCGGCCCUGCCCGCUGCCCCGGGCCACGUCGCUGCCGUCGCUGGACGCGCCGGGCGAGCUGCGCGAGCUGCCCCCGGGGCCGCAGCCGUGCGCCGCGUCCGCGCCCUACCUGGCCGAGCCGGGCCCGCAGAGCCUGCCGCUGCUGCCCGCGCCCCCCGACGAGCCCCCCGCCGGGCUGUACGCGUCCGUGUGCAAGCGCGCCGGCGGCUCCGACCACCUCUACGAGAACGUGCAGGGCGAGGCGCGGGGGGCGGCGCCGGGGGGUCGCAGCAGCUCGCCCGCCAGCCCCAUCUACCACAACAGCGAGGACCUGAGCUGGCCCGGCCCGGGCCCCGACAGCAGCCUGGAGGCGCAGUACCGGCGGCUGCUGGAGCUGGAGCUGACCGACGGCGCCGACGGGGAGGCCGGGCCCGGGCCGGCGGGCGCUCACAGCGGCUUCAAGGCCAAGCUGGUGACGCUGCUGAGCCGCGAGCGCCGCAAGGGACCGCCCUGA